AGCCGUAGAUGAUAGGUAAAUGAGUGAACGUGGCUGUGUUCCAAUAAAAUUUUAUUUUCACAUUUUUGUUUUGUUUUAAAAUCCACUAGUAGGGUGGAUUUAUCUGAGGGACAUAGUUUGCUGACCCCUGAUCUAGAAACCUUAUUUGACCCCUGAUCUAGAAACCUUAUUUCCUUUAGUGGCAGUGAUUUUAUUGACAUGACUUGGUCAGCUGCCUGUAAUUUGUUUGGUUGCUUUUCGUGCAGCGUGGUUUAACUGGCUCCUCUGUCUCUCUAUUUCCUGUAAAUUUGAAGGUUGAGCUAAAGGCUUAACUAGGCUCAGGUUCACCAUUUUUGGCAAUGUUUCAGAAAUGGUUUGAAUUUUUUUGAAUAUAAAUUAAUCUGACUUUAAAAGACUUAGAAAUACUCAUCUAGAAAGCUCAGUAUUCCUAAAGUAGGCUUUGCCUGAUGGCUGAAAUUAUACUUUUUCUUUCUUUUCUUACUUAUCUGACUCGUAGGGGAGGAUAUAGCUGUUAUUUCUCAAGGAGGUCAAGAACUUUUGUAACCUGACCCUGCGAAUGCCAGUAAAUUUCCAUUAGUCCUUAAACUAGCCCAAGCCAGUGUUGGCCCACCUUGCAAGCACAGAAGGGCCAGCCGUGACUGCUAAUUGACCUCAACAGCGGACGCAGCAACAGGUGGAACAAAUGAGAAGGAAAAUCAUCACUGGAACCCUAUUCUGAAGUGGGAGGUCUAACAAGAACCACAUCACCUCCUGUUUCCUGGCUGCCUUCUAGAAUUUUCCCUCCCUAGUACGCCUGCGGGCCACCAUCUUGGCUGCCCAAAUCACAGAUAAAGCCCUGCUUCUCCAUAGCUUAGGGAGUUGGAUCUGAGGAACUUCCUCCUGGCUUGUUGCUCUGCACAUUGCAAUAAAGUUACUUUCUCUUUCUCAAAGACCAGUGUUCAGAUAAUCGGCAAGUCUUAGCGCGCCAGACAAGGACCCACCUUCCUGGGUUCAGUAACACUUUGAAGCCCUCUGCUAGGUCAGUGGUAAUUUCUACUGAAGGCAUUUUGGAAUCUCUCUGGAUGGUGGACCACAUUUUUUCACUGGAAAUACCUUCCCUGGGUCCAUCCCCGAGGUCUGAGAUAGCCUCCAGCAGGGUGUGGGUCACUUGUUUCUGUUUUUAAACCACUCUUAAACACUUUCUUUACUCGGCUUCUUCUUCAUCUUGUCCCCCAGGAGGAUCGAGAGCUGGAUAUUUGGUCCACAGGUGUUUGUGGUCAUUCUGUGAAACAGAAAUACUUAUCCUUGUGUCCCAUGGAAGGAUUCUGAAGCCAAAAGCUUUUAAAACUCUUAGACACACUGUGGUGCUGGAUUCCAGGGCAACAUAUCUUUGAAGAAACAAGCUUACUGUCACUUUUGUCGAUUAUGUAAACAUCGGUGGCCCAGACACAGGCAGGCAGCAAACAUUCACCUUCACGUUGGAGCGAGGUCGCUGCCGUGAGUCACAGCGAAGCAUCAUUCCCUCCACGACCUUGAAGCUGUGCUGGGUCACAAUGCCAGGACCAGAAUGUAAAUUUAGUGCUGGAACCUCAGUUAUCUGUUGUAGCUGGAUUACAGCUUCUCUAGCCAGAAUGGCCCAAGUCUUCGUGUACGGGACCCUCAAGAGAGGCCAGCCCAACCACCAGGUCAUGCUGGACGGUACCAACGGCUCAUCAGCCUUCCAAGGCCGGGGCCGCACGGUGGAGCCCUACCCUCUGGUGAUUGCUGGACAGCAUAACAUCCCGCAUUUGCUGAACCUCCCGGGAAGGGGACACUGUGUGGCUGGAGAGAUCUAUGCCGUUGAUGACCAGAUGCUGCAAUUCCUUGAUGAAUUUGAAGGCUGCCCAGACAUGUAUCAGCGCACUCUGGUGAGGAUUGAAGUUCUCGAGUGGGAAGGAGAACGCACCGCCCCUGAGGAGACGCCAGCUGCUGACAGGAUCGUGCAGUGCUUUGUGUACAGCACAGCCACCUACUCGCCAGAGUGGGUCCAUCUCCCAUACCACGACAGUUACGACUCUCAGGGGGAGCACGGGCUUCGUUAUAAUCCACGGGAAAACCGAUGACUGUAAGAGGAUGAAGGUAGCCUUGGUG